AUUGCAAGCGCCAGACAUAGACAGCGCGCGUAGAUCAAUGACUCCAACGCUGUUGUGCAUCGUUAUCAUGAAUAUGAUUUAGCAUGGAGAGACAUUGGAAGAUGACACGGACUGAGAUUAUAAAAUACUUUUGCAAUGACCUUUACUGUACGGUCAGGACUUGAUGAUAUCCGUAUCAAGAUUUGUCUGCCGGUUACUGCAAACAAGUUUUGGGUACAACCAGAGAUUCUUUUUAAAUUGCACAUUUGUCGGGACGAAAGAAAGGGGCCUGAAUUCAGAUCUCGGCCGGGUAAAGUUAUUGCCUCCUCUGGCUUGGUCGGCUAGGUUUGUUGCAAGCUAACUAGCCUAGUAGCUAUCUUAACACAAGUUAUUCACAGCUAACAAUAGGCUACACAACUACCAAAUGUAACCAUAUCAUCAGAUUUUUUAAAUGGAAGUUUAAGAGUUAACAUGUUCAUUGAAUCAUCUAUUUUAUUUAACUUGCUAGCCUGGCAAAAACCUGGUAUUGCUGACCAGCUUUCCCUGUGAAUUGUAUAGCUUGACACUUGUCAGCUGGCGAAGUACUGUACAGUAGCUAGCUACUAUAGGCUAGUACUAGCUACCACCUCCGGUCUUGACAGGUACACUAGCUUCUUGCCAUAUGUUAAAGCUAUUGGUUACGGGACAUGUUAUGUGUUUUUCUCUAUAUCUGUCUAUCUUUGCUAAACAGUUUUGGGGAUAUAAGCACAGCUAGUUAGUACCGGUAACAGUAGGAAUCUGGCUAACGAAGGUUAGCUGGUUUACGCCAUUCGAACAAUGAGAUCGAACAGGACCCCAGGAGCUGUGUCCUUCUAGCUAGUUUUGGCCGGUGAUGCGAUUACCUAUUAGUGUAACCUAGCAGGUCAGUCUGACAUUAUCACAAAAAUAUGUACAUUUUGUUCUCAAGAGUCGAUACUGCCAAAUUACACUUUAUCUUACAGUCUGAUAAUAAGGACUACAACAGUUAGCCAUCUAUCUUUAUUGUCUAGCUAAAUGUUUUAAAACUAGUCUAUCAAUUUCAACUCACGUUUUGGCUGACAAAAUAUGAGGUGACUUGCUUUGUGCUGGUUAUGUAGUAGGUGUAUCACUCCUUAAAGUUGGAGCAUAUUUAUAUAUUUAUUCAUUUUUACCUCUGAACCUAUUGGAAGGAUGUUUUGCUAUUCAAACCCAUCCACCCCAUUCUCGAAAGCCAGCUUGUUCUACCUGGAAGUACAUUUGACACAUUACCUAUGUUUACCUUUUUCACGACAUGACGCCCUGUUGUGAGAUGAAAUAACUUCACCCUGAUCAACAUCCAACUCUACUGGAACUAUACAGAGGAUGAGAAGUUUACCACGCACUCCUCCCUGCUAAACCCCCACAUUCUCUGCUUUCCUCACUGGGGCCCCAUCUGUAAGUUCCCUCUGCCUUCUCCUCCUUCCACUUUGUGGGGGGCACCGAGGUGAGGGAAGAUGGGCACCCAGGGCAGUCCGGUGAAGAGCUAUGACUACCUUCUCAAGUUUCUGCUGGUGGGAGACAGUGAUGUCGGGAAAGGAGAGAUACUGGACAGCCUGCAGGAUGGCUCUGCAGAGUCCCCCUAUGCCUACAGUAGUGGAAUUGACUACAAGACCACCACCAUUCUACUAGAUGGGAGGAGAGUGAAGCUGGAGCUGUGGGACACGUCAGGCCAGGGCCGCUUCUGCACCAUCUUCAGGUCCUACUCCAGAGGUGCUCAGGGCAUCCUGCUGGUGUAUGACAUCACCAACCGGUGGUCCUUUGACGGCAUCGACCGCUGGAUCCGGGAGAUUGACGAGCAUGCACCAGGCGUACCCAGGAUCCUAGUGGGCAACCGGCUCCAUCUGGCGUUCAAACGGCAGGUGCCCACCGAGCAGGCAAGGGCGUACGCCGAAAAGAACGGCAUGACCUUCUUCGAGGUCAGCCCCCUGUGCAACUUUAACGUCAUUGAGUCGUUCACGGAGCUGUCACGUAUCGUGCUCAUGAGGCACGGCAUGGAAAAAUUCUGGAAGCCCAACCGAGUGUUCAGCCUACAGGACCUGUGUUGCCGGGCGAUUGUGUCCUGUACGCCCGUCCACCUCAUCGACAAGCUGCCACUGCCGGUGGCCAUCAAGUCCCACCUUAAGUCCUUCUCUAUGGCCAAUGGCAUGAACGCCGUCAUGAUGCACGGACGCUCCUACUCCCUGGCCAGCGCAGCUGGUGGCUCCAAGGGCAACAGUCUGAAGCGUUCCAAGUCCAUCCGGCCACCCCAGAGCCCGCCCCAGAACUGCACACGCAGCAACUGCAAGAUUUCAUAGUCUUAGCCCUGGGGGAGGAGGGAGUGGUGGUGUAUGGGGAUGCAUGUCACGUUUAGUCAGGGAAGGGGGCCUCUUGGGAACAGCUGCCCACCCUCCAACUCUUCCCAGUAGAAUGGAACCCUACCCUACCUAAAAACCCCCCAUCUACUCCGAUCCAACCCACCACACCGCCCCCAACCAUUAUGAAAACGCCAGUGUGAGAAUUUUUGAACGGUGGACCUUCUUGUGAACCCUAAGAAAGAGCCCCCUCCCCCCCUAACACAUACACACACACAAUAACAAAAUUUAUAAAAAAUAUGUAUAAUGAAAGACACAUGCCUGCCUGUUAAGAAAUGUAACAAAUGCAUCCAAACACUGUGUCAUUCUCAGUUAAAUUUGAAUGUAACUUUACCAGACACUCUGUGGAAUCGGUUGUGUCAGGUUCCAAAGUCUUUCCUUCUUCCUGUGUGGCUAGUUGCAUUUUGUAACCCCUGUGUAACACUGUUGAUUAUUCAACAAUCACUACCUAUAAUAUCAAUGAUAGAACUAAUGCCAUAACAACCCUUGUGAAGACAUCCAUUAGCACCAUCUGGUGCCCACUAACCAUUGCGCUUUUCAAAAUAAGGGCUCUUUGGCAUGACCCCCAGAGUCUAAUAGGCAGUGUCCCUGUGUUCUGACUCGACCAAUUGGUAGAUUCAGUAGCAAGCACCUUUCACUCCAAGUCUGUAUGACUCCAUCCUGGCUUGUAUUGUACGGUGCUUGAGCUCUCUCACACCUUCUUAGACCAACCACUGGGGAAUCAUCUGUAAGUUUCUGUAUUGGACUGAAGGCCUCUGGGAGAUGUAGUAAGAGACGGGUUCAAGACAGCUUUCCAUUCGGAUCAUGUUUCCCACAGCCACCAAAGGGAGGCAUUUGGGCACAGACAGAUUCAUUUGACUCAGUUUCUUCCCCUCUUGCUUCCCUUUCUCUCUCCUUCCUCCUCCUCGUUCCUCUGGAUGUCGUUCUGGGGAAAUCCUGCUCAGACCACUUGAUGAAUUUCACUUCUCAUGUCUCACAUUUGCUGCUUGUUACACUCUGCCAUAAAUGUGUUGUUGAAUCCCACCCCUCAAGAAUGCUCGUUCCCCAGGAUGUCUUAGGACCACCACAGCCUCAGAGACCUUUGCAUACACAAGUCCUACGUGAGCUAUAUCCACAUCACUGCUGGCUAUAUCUUCCAUGUGCCAAACCUGGCCAAUGGACAACCACAACUGUGCAAAUGUCUGGAUUUACAAUUAGAGGGUAAACAUGGAUUCCUAUUGCCAUGUCUAGUUUUGUAAUUCUGAGUAUCCUCCAAACUAUUUUCUUGGUUUUCUUUUAUCAUCCCCACAGUUAAUGAGAUUUCCAAAUGUUUGUUCUUUAGUUCUUCCUCUCUGGCCAAAUCAUGUACCCAUUGUUAGAUGUACAGCAUGUGGAGGAAGUUCUUUUUUUAAAUAAGUCAUAUUUGAGGCUGCUUCUUCAACUUUGAUCAAAGCAUGGCACGGGCUCUGUUUCGGUGAAUGAGAGAGUGCCCAAGUGAAGAGUAUAUUGAGGUAUUAUUUUGCAUAAACAAAGCACAAAGUAUCACACCUAGUCUUUAGAAGUAAUCCGCUAAUCAUUGUUUAAAGGGAGAAAGUCUUCAUGGACUUCGGAUGUAUGAAUUGACUAUGUUUCACAAGGAAAUGCACAUUUUUUUUAUCUUGAAUCUUUUCUUUCUUCGUACUCGACGUUUGAUAAUAUGACUCGAUGAAUUUUACAUUUUAUUCUGCCCCAUCCAUUUUGCGCCUUCCUUCUUCACCUCUGGUUUCCUCACCCUCUUCCCUCCUCUGUUCCAUCCUUGUCACUUUGUUCUCCCUAUGCACUCUUUCUCUUUCCUCCUCUGCUUCAGAUCUGUGCACUGACUCCCCUACUGUCCCAUUAUUAAUUGCUCCUGAAUAAAAACUUUUUUUGUUUCUCUCAUAGAUCUCUGGAGUUACUUUUUUAUAUAUACAUUUUUUUUAUACAGUCAGACCCACUCCCCCUUUCUCUUUCUCACUCUUCUUUCCCCCUCUCACUCCUCCCUCCCCCUCUGUUCCAGCAUCAGCGAACCAGCCUUCUGCUACUUUCUCGCCAUCCUGCACCGGUCUACUGGAUCACUCAGACUGCUCGUUUCCCCCUCAAUCAACCAGAGGAACCGCCAGUCCUCUAAUAUAUUUGUGUUUUUUUCUUUGUCCCUUGUUGUUUACUCCUUCCCGUCUUCCUUCUCUUGAUUCCUACCUCUCCCCCACCCCAACCCAUGUCCCCUGUGACGUCAUACACCGUUCAGUACACCACAGAUUGUCCAGACUGUUGUGUUGGGCCUGAACCCUGGGCUUCUGCUAGGUUAACCCCCACUCUGUUAUCUCAGGGAGAGGCCCUUGCCUCAAACUCCAGAAUCACCCAAUGAAGCGUGCAGGCUCCAGGAAACACAUUUCGAUUUACCAACCAUUGAUUUCAACGUCUGAUUACACUUUGUGACUUUGAAUCUUAUGUUGGUGGGGAUCUUAACCUGUAUAAUCUGGGCCAUAAGGCAGAGUGGUGAUUCUAACACAAAGGCCAUUUUGUUUUCUCUAACAAGGGCUGCAAGUGUACCCCUUUCCCGCUAUACUGUACGUGUGUGAUGAUUAACUAGUUUUAACUUAAUUGUUUUAGUUAACUUUCUUACUGGUCUUAAGAGGCUACUAUAUAUAGCCAGCUGGCCUGCUUGUGGUCAUUUGAUUGCUUGCCUUCCUCCAGUAUUGUAAUGUUUGAAUGAAUUCUGAAGAAAAAGAAAACAACUUUCACAAUGCCUGACACUUUUUUUUUCUUCCUUUGAAAUAAUCUUUUGCUCUCCAGAAGCCUACUUUUCUGUGUUAAUAGGAAAGGUUGUUGUGUUGUCUUUUGCCUGGAUGGAAACCCCCAGUCAGCCAUUUUAGUCUGUGAAGCGGAAGGGGUGGUGAAGGUGCCGUUUCUGGUGUUGCACUUCAUAGGGUGUACUACACGCCUUCUGGACCUACCUUUUUAAACCUUUUUUCCAUUAAUUUAAAACUCAAGUAAUUUAUCGUGUUUUUUUUCAAAGCACCUUCCUUGGUGUUGAUCUUAAUAUACAGUCUGACAUUGCUUUGUUUCCCGAAGGGACUUUUAUGGAUUUUAUUUUUUAUUUAAUGCAGAUUGAAGAAUGUGCUAUGUGACCUCAAUGUUAUAUUAGGGCUCCGGGGUGGCCACAGAACUUUUCAGUUGUAUAAGGGACGAGUGUUAUAAGCAAAUGUAAUGGUGUAAACACUAUUUUUCCUUUGGUUGAUGCUGCUGAGUAACUUAAUUGAGGAGUAAGCAUGUGUUCUGAAAAUAAGCUGAACAUUUGUCUUUAAAUUAUUGAUUGUAUAGUUUCUAGGCUACGGUAUGAAAGCAAGUCUUUUUCACAAUAAAAGUGUUAAUGAUGUCAUCAA